AUGUCCGACAAACCAAAGCCCCUCAAGGUGUUUGGCAGGACCCACUACGCUUGCACUCGGUGCAAACUCUCCAAGAUCAAGUGUCUGGGAGAGAAACCCGCCUGUGCCAAUUGCAAGUCUGUCAACAAGGAGGAAUAUUGUCAGUAUCCCACGCGGGACCGCAAAAUCAUGAUCAUGGAGCUGGACUUGAACAAGCUCCAAGCUCGUGUUGAGCACUUGGAAGGCUUGAUCCGUGCACAGGGUCCUUCCACCGUCCAACUGUCCAAACUACGAACAAAUUUCACAGUUCAUAGAAGGGCCAAACAGCUGCUAGCCCAGGACGCAUACUUGCUCUCCGAUACGGAGAAUGAGCAAAUCCCCUACCGUCUUUUGCUUCUAUGCGCAGACCAAUUGCCGGAAGAGGUGUACGCUUGGAAGCUCUUGAACUUGGUGUGUAAAACGUACUCUUCUGAAUUCUACUUGGUGGAUGCAGAUACUUUGACUCCACUUGUGGCGCAAAUCUAUCAGUUCUUCCGUACAACUGAUCUUCAGAACGUUGAUUCUGUCGAGGUGUUGCAAGUUGUUCCACCCCUGGCUCUUUGUCACUUGUUUGUCAUGUUAGCCUUUGGCGAGCAGAUGUUUAAUAACACUUUGGAAAGUCUUCCGCCAUCGAUUGCUGAAGUCACCGUUGGAGCUCCACGAGUUCCUGGUCUUGAUUACUACACUACAGCCACCAAGUUGUUCAAUUUGGCCCACGAGGAAAUCGACGUGCAAUUCAUACAGAAUGCCGUGCUCCUAGGGCUUUUUGCCUGUAAUCUUAAUCGUUACCAUACCGUGACAAACUUCUUCAGUGUGGCUCUACAGUCCUCUGUGGCGAAAGGGUUCCACCGCCAAAUGGAAACGCCUCCACACCUUACGCCUGAGCAAUUACGCAGUUACAGGGUAUUUGAGGAGAAGACAAAACGCCUAUGGUGGUCGAUUUGGGUUAUCGACGUGGUCUGGCACGCAAAAAUGAAUAUGCCUGUGCCGAUUGACUACACAGAUACCGACGUGGCACUCCCCAACGAGAGCCCAAUUCUCGACUUGAAUGAUGGCUUCGAUACCGCUAUCUUGAGCAGCAAUGUUCAAUUGGUCAAAUACGUUGCCAAAUUUAACUCAUUAAUCUAUGGACCCAAUAUUAGAACGUUUUCAAUGAACUACAUCAACACAGAGAAGUUCAAUCAGUCUCUUUUAUUGAAAAACAUCACAGAGUCUUUGAACGAAAUGCUUGGCGAAUUCGAGCCCUCCAUCCUAUUGCCCUAUAAGAAUGUCAGCAUUGUUCUGUUGACUAACAGAAACCUAGCUAAUCUCUGUUUAAGAUACAAUCAGCUAGUCAUUUUAGUGGUGGCGCCGUUGAUUUCGAUUCUUUUCAAAAAAUCCACGGCUGCGAAUAUUCAAGAUAAAGUUCCUGUUGUUAGGGCCCUCGGUACUGCUAUUUUGGCGGCCGUUCGAACCGUAAAGAUCCUUAUGAAGAUCUAUGAGCAUAACAAGCUCUUUGUACUUGGAUUCUGGGACAGUCAACACCUUUUUACUGCUCUUUUGAUGCUUAUAUCAGCUGCAAUCAUCGGCAAUACCGAGGUUAACUACGAAAUCAACAGGGCCGUGGCUCUUUUAAAGUACAUGGCGGAAAACGAUAAUAUAAAUGCCCGAAAUGCGAUCGAGAAAGUGGCCCAGUUGAAAGAGCUUCUUGACUCAGUACCUGAAGUCAGUACCAAGCUAGACUUGAGUAAUGACAUUUCGAGCUUUGUAACGAAACGAACCCCUCCAUUGAAUGGUACAGCUGGUCUGGACGAUUUCUUCAACCCAUUUGACGAUGGAAUAUUGGACGGGUUGGAUUUGUACAAAGACAACUGGCAAAGAGUUUCUGAUCGAUAG